AUGACAUUGGAUUCUAUGGGGGAAGGGACUUGGUUUGUGUUUGGCUUUCAUUGUUCUCACGAUACCAAUGUCAGUUUAGUUCAAAGCUACAAACUUAAGCUUCACUCACCACCGCAUCUGAAAGACAUUCCGCCGGGUCUCCAAACACAGGGUCACAUCCAUUACUAUAUCAAUGACGAUAAUAACAAAGACGCUAUCGCUGCCGGUUACGCCUCUGCUGACGAUGCUAUUCCAAUUAACUCCGGCAUGAACUGCAAACGUGAGCAUAAACAAGAAAGUAGGGAAAGGGGGUUGGAGAGGAAUAUAAAGCCUAAUGAUAUGGCUUAUGUUGCAGUUGCUACUGCAACUUCUUUAGUAGCCUCUCACUGCCUUGAAAUUGUAGAAUAUAUGGGAGCUGAACAUGAACAAAUUGCAACUGCAGUCGACUUGGCUAUUAAUGCGAAAACGAAUGGAGAUAUUAUGACUCUUACAGCUGGAUCAGCAACAUGUAUUAUAUUUUUAAGUCAAUCUAUGAAUCUUGAAGCUCCUCUAAGACCCUUAGUUUUAGGUGGUGAUCACUCAAUAUCAUUUCCAGUUAUUAGAGCUGUCUCGGAGAAGCUUGGAGGACCAGUUGAUGUUCUUCAUAUUGAUGCGCAUCCUGGCAACUAUGAUGCAUUUGAAGGGAACAUUUAUUCGCAUGCUUCUUCCUUUGCUCGUGUCAUGGAGGGUGACUAUGUUCGGCGACUCUUGCAGGUUGGUAUUCGAUCAAUAACAGCUGAAGGACGUGCACAAGCAAAAGUAAAAUAUCAUAAAGAAACCUCAAUUGACUCCACUAUUUCAUAUCUUGGAUUCAAAAUCAAAGAUAAGGAAAUUCAAGGAAGAAAAAAAGGCCCUAGGCCAAAACUAGGGGAAGGUGUGAAAGGGGUGUAUAUCUCGAUAGACGUGGAUUGUCUUGAUCCUGCAUUUGCUCCGGGAGUGUCUCAUAUUGAACCGGGAGGUCUUUCUUUCCGCGAUGUUCUUAACAUCCUACACAAUCUUCAAGGUGAUGUUGUUGCUGGAGACGUCGUUGAACUCAACCCACAACGCGAUACUGUUGAUGGAAUGACUGCUAUGGUAGCUGCUAAGUUGGUCAGAGAAAUGGCUGCAAAGAUUGCAAAAUGA